AGCACGCACACGCACUCAGAGAACGUAAAGCAAUUUGUCAGCUUUGCAACUUGCUGUUAGGCCUCAGAAGCUUAAUUUUUGAAAAUCAACGAUGAAAGCGGGGAGUGGAACAUUAUUACAGUAAUCGCAGUCUUGGAAAAGUAGAAUAUACAUUUAAGGAAAGAUGAUAAUUGAGAAUGUAGAAGCUUUGAAGUCUUGGUUGGCGAAACUAUUAGAGCCUAUUUGUGAAGCUGAUCCUUCAGCUUUAGCUAAUUAUGUAGUCGCUUUGGUGAAGAAGGACAAGCCUGAAAAGGAUCUCAAGGCACUCUGUGCUGAUCAGUUGGAUGUCUUUCUACAGAAAGAAACAACUGGAUUUGUGGAUAAGCUUUUUGAAUGUUUAACCACAAAACAUUAUUUAGGAAAUCAAGAUCAGUAUGUAAAAGAAACGGCAAAGGAAGAAGUAAAAGCAGUGGAUGUAAAAAUGGAACAUGAUCGAGAUGAGCCUGUUUCUAAUUUUGAAGAGGAGCGUGACACAAGAAGGAAAAAAAGUCCUUUGAGAAACCGCCCUGACUUUAAUGAACUACGUAAUCGUGAAGACAAAAGAAGAGAUGAUCGGAAACGCAGAGAUGGCGACAGGCCACAUAAGAACGCCGACAUUUACAGAGAGAGGUAUGAUCGACGCAGAGGUUCCAGCAGAAGUAGAAGUCGGAGCCGCAGUGGCAGCCGAGGGAAAACACUGGACAAAGAUCAUAACCGUACCAAAGAUCACAGAUUAAAGUUUGAGAUGGAUCGAAGAGAACCGGAGGGAUAUGUCCCUUCAUCUGUGCCAACUUGCAUCCCUGUACAGCAUCAGUAUUCCUCUGGAGGUCAUGCCAUCCCUAGUGCAGUUACAGUUGUAGCACCUGCUCAUCUCCCUGACAGUACCACUGAGAGCUGGUCUAAUUACUUCUCCAAUCACAGUGACUCAAAACCAUUUAACAGAAACAUCCCCCAGAAACGCCGCUGUAGAGACUAUGAUGAAAAAGGGUUUUGUGUACGGGGUGACCUGUGUCUUUACGACCAUGGUAAUGAUCCUUUGAUAGUGGAUGAUGUCACAUUGCCAACCAUGAUUCCUUUCCCACCUCCACCUGGCAUUCCACCUCCACGUCUUCCAGUUCCCACUAUGCCAGUACCACCACCAAACCUAAGGCUACCACCACCUCCACCUCCACCUCCUCAUGGGCAGCCUCUGCCUCCGCCUCCGGGGAUGUUCCCAAUGCCAGAUAACUAUGAUCCAGAAGCGUAUAACCCUGAAGCUCCAGGGAUUACAGCUACCAGCAGACCACCUUAUCGACAGUUUAUUCCCAGAAUACAGACCCAGCGAUCCAAUCUCAUUGGACUGACAUCUAGUGAUAUGGAUACACCAGGUUCAAGAGCUGCUAAUAUUGUUAUCCAGACUGAACCAAAUGUUUCUUCUGUGAUAAAUAAUAAUUUACCAAGAUACAAUUCUGACCAAGACAGUAAUAGGAAGCGAGCUCUGUCCAGUGGUGAUGGUCCGCCUUCAAAGAAACCAUGGAUAGAAAAACAAAAUUUUAACAACCAGCAUAAGCCGGGAUUUCAGAAGAAAAAUCAUUAUGCCAACACCAGACUGGAGGUUCGCAAAAUUCCCAGGGAUCUGAACAACAUUGCUAAACUGAAUGAGCACUUUAGCAAGUUUGGCACUAUUGUUAAUAUUCAGGUUGUUUUUGGUGGGGACCCGGAAGCUGCGAUGAUCCAAUACACGACAAAUGAAGAAGCCAGAAGGGCAAUCUCUAGUACAGAAGCCGUGUUAAACAACAGAUUUAUUCGAGUAUAUUGGCAUAGAGACAAUAAUGAACAGCCACAGCAAACGCAACAAAAUCAAACCCAGGUUUCACCUGUUAUACCUCAACAUACAAGUGUACACAAGGUAGUAAACAAGCCACACAAUCCUGGGUCAUAUAUCCUAAAUAAAGUGUCAGCAAAACAUCGCAUUGGGGCCGCAGUGUUAAAUAAAGCAGAGGCAUUACGUACUACAGAUGCUGCGGAGGUUGUUAAUUCUGCUCCAAGUCCACUAAAAGCACCUUUCACUUCUGCUUCAGUAAAAGUAAUCCCAAAACCAAUAGCAAAAUCUUCUUCUAAAGUGCUUGAAGUCCAAGAUGCCCUAAAGAAGAAACAGCAGGAUGCUAUUAAACUUCAGCAAGAUAUGAGGAAAAAACAACAAGAAAUGCUGGAAAAACAAAUAGAAUGCCAGAAGGUACUAAUUAACAGACUUGAGAAAAAUAAAAAUAUGAAACCGGAGGAGAGAGCAAAUAUAAUGAAAACACUUAAGGAGCUUACAAACAAGAUUUCACAACUUAAGGAUGAAUUAAAACCCAUAUCAAAUGCUCCAGGAAAGUCCAUUCAGCCAAAAACAAAGAUUGAUGCUCAAAAGGAGUUACUUGAUGCCGAACUGGAUUUUCAUAAGAAGCUGAGUUCUGGAGAAGAUACAACAGACUUGAAAAGGAAGCUUAAUCAGCUUCAGAUUGAGGCUGCCAGAUUAGGUCUUAUUCCUGGUGGGAGAGGAAAGAUGGCCCAAGGCAGAGGGAGAGGAAGAGGCCGUGGUCGAAGUAGCAGAGGCAGAGGUGUUGCAAACCACAUGGUUGUGGAUCAUCGGCCUCGAGCUUUGGCAGUGUUGGGUGUCACAAAAGAAGAAAAGGAUGAGUUAAUGCCACACUUCACCAAAUUUGGAGAGGUUGAAGAUCUCCAUGAUCAUGACACUACAGGCAUGGUGGUGACAUUUAGGACCAGAAGUGAAGCAGAGAAUGCUGCAAACCAAGGAGCAAAAUUCAAAGGACGUACCCUGCAAAUAUCAUGGUAUAAGCCCAAGACUCCAUCUGUUUCCACUGAACCAGAAGAGGAAGAGACAAAAGAGGAGGACACAGAACGAGCACUUUUGUUGCCUGAAGAGGAAGAAGAGGAUGAUGAAGAUGAAGAUGAAGAAAAAUCUCGUUCAUGGAGAAGAUGAGAAGAAACCUCAUUCGUUUUUGUGACUUUUUUUAUUGAUAUUUUAGUAAAAUGUAGUAUUUAAUGCUAUAGAAAUCAUGUUUUUUUUCUUUAAAUGCCAGGUCUUUUAAGAUCUGAGAAUUUGUGCCCUAAAGGGUGCGUAUUUUUUGUCUUUUUUUUUAAAGAUUUAUAUUUAAAAUGUUAAAUAAUAUUGCAGUCAACACAUGCAGCUGAUCCAUCUUUUAUUUGUGACCCUGGUAAAUGUUUUGAUGGGUUUAGAUUUGAAUCUGCUACUUAUUGUUAGGAGUAAUAGGAAAAUUCCUAGACUGUCUGUCUGAAAAUUACCUGACUGUGUCUAAAAUUACUGCUGCUUCCCCAGAUCUAAAAACUCCCCUCACUUUAACAGCCAGCUCAGCACUAUAAUGAUGCAUCAAAAUUAACACAUUCUGAAUACAGUGUAUUCAGAUAACUUUCAAUAUUUCCCCACAAGAUCACUUCAUUUUACCAUUGUUAGUUUCUAACAAGAAUUACUUUAUGAAGGAAAAAUGAAGGCCUCUGACAUUUGGUGGGACACAGGUUGAGUCUGUAGCCUUGUACAAGUGAAACAAAUAUGAGGGAUUAUUUCAAAUUAAAUUAUUUUUAUUCUGUGUUCUGUAUUAUGAAAACUGUGAAGGAUUCUGUAGUCUGUUAUUUUUGAGGUAUACAAAGCAAAGCAAAAUGGUUAAGAUGCUUUAAAUAAUUAAUCUCAAUUCUGUUCAUAUGAAACUCUAAUUUAACAAUCCAGCCUAUGUUCAGAAUAACAUAUCAUUUUAAUGUAUGCCGUUGAUGGCUAAUUUCUGUAUGUUUCUUUUAAGGGAAGACAGUAUGUUUCUCUUCUAGACAUUUGAUUAUUUUGUGAGGCUUUCUGCUUUACUUUUUGUAAGUGUGUUGGUGGGAAACUUUCUUCCCUUUUGAAAGAAAAGAUUGGCAAAUUUUUAUUUUCCAAAAUACUGCAGAACAGCUCUAGUUUAAGGAAGAAUAUUGUAUAACCACAGUCCUUAAUUCUAACAUCCAACAAAGGCAGGUUACUAAAAUAACUGGUUCAACUGCAAUAAACAACAAAAAUAAGUCUUUCAUAUGUAGAUAUUUUUUUAGAUUUUAUUGCACUUCUAAAGUUUAGAUAUAUCUCCCUGCACAGUUUAUGUGAAUAUUUCUCUUCUCCUCCUUCAUUGACACUUUAUGUACAGAGUCUGUUAAUAUGUGCAAGGCUAUAGGUGGUUGUGAUAUAUACAGUUAAUGUAUAUAUUUUAUCACAAAUAUGUAAGUGGGAAAUGCUUCAUUUUUUUCUCUUAAUCCCCUGGUAGGUUUUCAUCUCUGCCCAAAGAAUUGUUCAUUCAUUAAGCUCAUUUUGUCAUAAGGACACUUGGAGUAAAAUUUAUAUUCCAGAACCUUUUUUCCUUCUCCCUGUUGAACAGACUAACUUGUUUUAUAGGGAACAAAUAUGAAUGGGUCUGUGAUAUUCAGAAAGUGGCAUAUGAAUGUAUACUGAAAUUUUUUUGUAUAUAAUUUUUGCCUUAUUCUGUAUUAAAUUACCAGCAGUCAGUUGCAUUUUUAUAAGAUUUUCGUGUAUUUUUUGUACAAAAUGAUGAAAGAAGCAACAAGGAUUAUUCUGUAGAUAAGAUAUUUUCUAGCAUAAGUUAAAUAGAUAUGUUAAAAUUUAUAUGGCAGAUUAUCUCUUGCACAUGAUUUAAAAAGUGAACAUGAAGUGCCAUCAACUCAGCAGGCCUUUGAGAUCAUUUAUCAGUUUGUAGUUGCACUGCUUAAGAUGUGAAGAUUUCUUUUUCAACGUCUUUCAGGUUCAGUGUUAAUGUUGUUUGUAAGUGUAACAUUAUUCAGGAAAGCUCAGCAUCGAACACAAGUCACAUAUUUCUUGUGUCUUCAGUAUUCUUGGGCCAGUAUUAAAAUAAUUAUUCCACAUAUUAAUGGUGCUCUCUAGAGUAAUGAACUUUAAAGUAAACUAGGUUCAAGUCAGAUGCAGGGUACUGUAAUGUUGAACUUUAAGAUUAUAGUAAUAUCAAAUUUGGCAUUUGUGGCUGUGCCAUUCCAGAAGUUGUAACACUUUCUAGCAUUGUUUACACCAGUGGUACUUUGCUAUCUAUGAUACUAAGUAAAAGUUUACACUCAGUUUUUUCUUUUUUUUUUAAUCCUUUCAAACGGUUAUAUAUGCCACUUAUGCGGGGAUGACAAUGGUAUAUGUUUUCUCAGACUGCACUCUAUUUGUAAUAGAGUUGUAUAACAAAUUUAAUCUUAAAUAAAAUAAAGACAAAUCUGCAAUCCAUGAAUUUAGCUUUGUUUAUUUAUUUGUGACUUCCCCUACAUCUGUGCAUGUAACAUAAUGGAAAACAGUUAUUAACUUUUAAUAACACAAAACUUUUUUCUGUAUGCCUAGUGCAUGAUUUUGGGGCCUGCUGGUGAAGAAUGAGACUUUAUGUAGUUUGGUUACAUUGUUUCUUGAAUGUUCUUUUUUUAAAAUAUAUAAACAUAAUUUAUCUAAUAUACUAUUUGGUUAAAAAAAAAUCAUGUGUAAGGGACCUGCCAAUACCCCCAUUCCUUAUAUAAUUAAUAAGCCAUGUAUUAUAGUUUUACAUACUGAUGUGAUGUGUACUGCAUUUUGAGAUGUCAUUAAUGGCUUUGUAACUGUUUAUACAUUGGGAUUUGUGAAUUUUUUUGAGUUAUUGUUUAUAAAAUGAAUUUCUAACAUGCUAGCAUGGUCACUUUCCCAAUAAAAAUAAAGGAAUGGUUUAAAUAAUAAAAAGGGGGUAAAGAUUGGGAUUAAAUUUUGGCCAAAAAAAAAUACUGGAACAUACAAAAACCAUUCCAAAAAACAACAAAAA